AUGUACGGCCAAGGCGGCUUCAGCAAUGGGCCGGUCGGCCGCGGCCGCGGCGCCGCGGUACCGGCAUGGAUGGCGGACCCGGCCCUGGCGGCGCAGAGGCCGGGCGGCGUAUGGGCGCCGGACCCUCGCGACGUGGUCCAGCCGCCGCCGCCGCCGACGGGCUUUUCAGCACCGCCGCCGACGGGCUUUUCGCCGCCGCCGCUUGAGACCGACGAGGAGAUGGCGCGGCGCCUCCAGGCCGAGUGGUCCGCGCCCGCGGCGCCACCAACCUUUCCGAUGGAACCAGUAUUCAACGCGCCGCCCGGCACUACGGUAACCGUGCAGCAGCACGCUUCCGCCGAAGAAGCAUACGCCCACGCGCUGGCGCUCGUGAACGCGCACGUGCCGGCGUCGGCGGCGCCCCCUCCGAUGCUCGGUGCCGGCCCGCCGUCCCUGAAUCGCCAGCCGCCGCCGCCGACGCUCGGCCAAGGCCCGCCGCCCCUGAGCCGCCAGCCGCCGCCCCCCUCGACCGGCCUGCCGCCCGCGGCGCUCGCCGCGCUGCAAAAGGCCAAGGCCAUCGCCGCGGCCGCGGGCCAGCGGGCGCCAUCGGGCGGCUUCUCGGCCGCGCCGGCGGCGGGCGGCUUCUCGGCGGCAAGCGGCUUCUCGGCGGCCGCGCCAGCGGGAGGCGGCUUCUCGUCGUCGGGCUUCUCGAGCACACAAGGCGCCGCGCCGGCGUCGGGCGCCGUCGCGGAAUUAUUGGCGAAGAUGGAGGCCCAGCCCACUACGACCGGACCGCUAUUACCAAUUCUGGCCAAGGACCGCGCGCGCAAAGCCAAAGCACUAGAGAAGAAUUUGAAAUUUCUGGAGCGGCUGGACGGCGAGGGCCAAGAUUCCGAAGCUCUGUUUGCGGCCGACGACGACGUCGUGACUUAUACGGACGUGCCUGGUCGGGCCCAAACGACGGCCGGCCUGGGCGCCAAGGGUUUCAACCGAGGUGAAUCCGUGAAGGUCAACAAGGGCGAGAACCGCUCUGUAUAUGUGACAGGUCUCGAAGGCGAGUUCGCCUCGGAAACUCAUUUACAACAGCUCUUCGCCCCUCAUGGCAAGGUCGUCUCGUGCAAAAUUUAUAAAGAUGAACUGGAACGACCGAAGGGCGACGCUUUAGUUACGUUCGCGAAGGGGGGCUCGGCCCGACAAGCGGCGGCGAGGGUCCACGGCGCGACGUUAGGUCCUUGUGUCUUGAAGGUCGAGCUCGCGACGUUUCAUAGCGAUGCCGCUUUACGGGGCGGUCCUGUACUCAGACCGGACGAGGAGCACUGGGAUUCCGUCGUUGCAUCGGCAACAGGGCUACCUAACUCUUUGUCGCCGGACACGAAACCUGUUGUAUUAUUACGACACUUGUAUGACGUGGCGCAAGUCGCGAGCAAGCCGGGCCGCGUCUUCUUGAAUGAGCUGGAGCAUGAGAUCAAAAAUGAGUGCUUGAACUAUGGUCCCGUCUUCCACGUCGUCGCGCCGUCGACGAAGGACCUCGAAGGUAGUGUCGCGGUUUCUUUUGAGACGGUGAAAGCCGCGGAGGAGUGCGCUCAAAGCAUGGACGGGAGGUGGUUCGAUAAUGUGCAGAUUUUGGUCGAGAGGAGGGGCUGCUGGGAGGACCUCGCGUCCGUGCAAUUGCGGGGGACACAGUCGACAGUAGUACUUUCUUUGGACAUCGCGCCGCCGGAGUGCUUCACGGUCAUCGUGCACAACGUCUGGACGGCCAACGAGGCCGAGGCCUGCGGGCCCGCGUUCUUCGACGAGCUCGAGUCAGAGUUUUCCGGCGAGUGCGGAAAAUAUGGCCCUUUGCGAAGUUGCAAGGCCGUGCCGCGCGAACCAUCCUUAGUGGGGGCCGUCGUCGUCGCUUUCAGUACGGAAGAGGCGCGACAGGCGUGCGAGGGCGACAUGGACGGCCGCUGGUUCGACUUUAGAAGGUUGCGCGUCGAGCGGUACGCGGGGUCGGGCGCGCCGCCGACGCCGCCGCGGGGGGCGUCCCUCGACGACUUUUUCUCGUCGCUGGACGGGUCGUAAUGCUUAUUUGGUUAUUU